AUGACCCGCCACGCAAUCUACCCCAGCCUCGAAGGCAAGGUCGUUCUCGUCACCGGCGGCGCCGAAGGUAUAGGCGCCGCAACAGUUGAACUAUUUGCCCGCCAAGGCAGCCAGGUCUUGUUCAUGGACAUAUCACAAACCUCCGCGCAAAACACAAUCGAUCACAUUGCCUCUCUAGCUCCCCAAAGUGGUGCACCCCCAAUCACCACCCCAGUAUUCUACUACUGCGACAUUACCGAUCUCCCGAGCAUCCAAGCCACGACAUCCAAAAUACUAUCCGAAUAUGGCGUCAUCAACAUCCUAAUCAACAACGCCGCAGCAACAGGCUCCGGUGCCCGCCGCUCCACAGCGGAAGUAACUCCCGAAUCCUGGGAUUUCAGCAUCAACGCCAACUUCCGCCACGUAUUCUUCCUCACGCAAGCUGUGUUGCCGGCGAUGAAAAAAGCGGGCGGUGGGAGUAUUGUCAAUCUGGGCUCUAUUACGUGGCGGAUACCGGAUCCGAGUCAGCCUGUUUACGCUGCGUGUAAGGCGGCGAUUAUGGGGUUGACGAGGGUGCAAGGGAGAGAGGUUGGUGGGGAUAAUAUCCGGGUAAACAGUGUUAUGCCUGGGGCGAUAGCGACGAGAAGGCAGAGAGAGGAAGUGCUGACGGAUGAGUAUCGGGAUACGGUUAUGCGGAAUCAGAGUCUGCAGAGGGAUUUGGAGCCGGAGGAGGUUGCUAAAGUCAUUGUAUUUUUGGGGAGUGAGGAGGCGAGUGCGGUAACUGGAAGUACUUAUACCGUUGAUGGGGGUUGGUGUAGUGAUCCCUGA